AUGGCGGGCCUGAAACCGCUUCUCCUUCUUCUCUUCGUCCUUCUGAGCCCUGCCGAAGCUGCUGAGGAGGUGCGAAUGAAGCCCUGGCUGGUGGGGCUGACAGCCGUGGUGGUCUUCCUCUUCAUCGUCUUCAUCCUUUUGCUGGUCAACCGUCUGUGGUGCUCCAAGGAGAGGCCUGCGGAUGAGGAACAGUUCGGGAUGCGGAUGGCGGGGCGCAGCCAGGAGCUGAGCGAAGAGACAAACGUGGAGGAGAAAAGGAAGAAGAGAGAGAAGGCAGAGGAAGGGGGACACACCAACCAGGGCAUGGAGGACGAUGAGGACUACAGCUCGAAAGUCCGGUUCUGA